GGUCAACAUGUCACGAAUCAGUCUGUCUUCAUCAACACGGCUCUUAUUCUGUGGGCUUGGACUCCCGGUCAACAUAAUCCUGCAGCGAAGAUUGACAUGCUUGCAUUCUCAGACACUGCAAACAUACAUGCUAUUCCGUUUGAGAUAUGUUUUACGAGGGAACUAUGCGCACCAGGCAAAUAA